CCUGCGGGUGGCUCCGCCUUCUGACUGGUUCCCUUGGUCGGUGGAGGCGGCUUUGGAGCGUCUGGUUGGCCACUCUGUCGCAUUGUGGGCCGUGCGCGAUCGACACCAGGGACACUGGAGUCUGGAGGUGCAACCACAAGCGUCCGUAUCACCAAGACCUUGGACGCCUUUGAUGUUUUCACCGUGGUACAUAUAUUGGCCAGUUGUCCUCAUCUUCUUCGGUUUCGUUGCUUCAUUUGAUUUUCUUUUCACCUUGGAUUUCGCCAGAUUCGCCGCCUUUCCUCAGGUUAUUCAUCCUGGAUGCAAGAAUGUCCAAGAGCACUGGCACAAAAAACUUGUUGGGCUCGGACAGACUCGCGUUCGGGGAUAUUGCAUUGGUGCAGGUACAAGCCCGGAUACGACUGGUUUGAUGUCCUCAGUCGCCAUGAUGUCUUCGAAAAGGGUAAAAAAAACAUGUCAAGGAGUGUCAAGGAAAUAUCGAUGGCUAAGAACGAGAAAAUGUCGACAAGCAACGAACAAAGCACUCAGCCUCUUCCUGCCUCGGUUUCGUAUCGAAGCUCAAAGGUCAUCGGAGAGAACCCAGCAAAUUGCAGCAAGCAAAACAAGCAAACGGCAACGGCAGCGGGAGGGUGAGAAAUGGCAUCUUUCUUUUCGCUGGACAAUGGGAGCCUGCGGUAGCAACCACGGCCGACUCUUUGAACGACGGGAUUGAACCUUGGAUGCUGUAACGGGGGCAAGCCGACAUGUGAAACGUUUGUUGCACUCGACUGCAAUCUGGCUGCAAACGGCAUGCCACGACUGGAGAUAAGAACGCGAUAACUUAGACGAGCUGGAUAGUUCUGAUGAAGCCGUUGUUGACCACAGCAAGGUUGAGAUUCAAGGUGAGGAAAGUCGACCAAAGAAAGAGAAUGAACGAGACCCAAGACCUUUCUUAUAAGUGCAUGUCUUUUGAUAUUUCCUCUUUCGGCGGAGAUAUCAAAGAUGCAAGUGGACGGGAAG